AUGUUGUGUUCCGGUCAACAAACUCAAACCACUGCACCGUAUUUGCAGAAUGUAUUGCGCUAUGCAAAUCGUGCUCAGACCCCAGGCAGUCACGCAUUAUCCAACCAGUCAGCACCUUACGAUGCCCUGAUGACAGUGAGUAACUCACCAAUCGAUGCACGUUGGACACAACGGUCUGGUGAUCAUGGAAUUCCAACUAACCAAGGUCGAAUCAACUCGAGACCAAAUUCCAAUCUCUCUGGAGUUCCUUCGAACGAUGAGCCGACAGCCUUGGAGAUAAGUGUUUGUGAUCCAUGGAGCAGUGUUCUACGUUCGGAUGACCCCACUUCCGUUGAUCCUGCCCGGUCUGUAACUCGAAUUCUAAACAGCGCAUCAGAGUCUGGAGGGUUAGGAGUGUGCGGGAAAAUGAUCCUAACAACAACAGCGACGACAAUAUCAACACCGGGACAAACAAUGCCUCACUCGGACUUCACUAAAACCCACUCAGGAAGUCGAGGAAGAGUUCAAAACACUGCACGAAACGGUGGUGGUGGCAGCGGCGCUGUCGGUGGUGGAAAUACAGGACUGGCUAACUCGUUGUCACAACACACAAAAGGCAGCAAAAAGCUGCGCAAGCCCCGCACCAUCUACUCCAGCAUGCAGCUGCAACAGCUGGCUAAACGUUUCCACCUCACCCAAUAUCUUAGCCUACCCGAACGUGCUGAAUUGGCAGCAUCACUCGGACUUACACAGACUCAGGACCUGUUCGAGUUUCGAUCAAACAUGUUGGACUCGCAAAAUGAUUCAGAAAACGAGGACGGAAAGAACGACCUAUAUUCUGAAGUUGAUCGAAGUAGCACAUGCAGUUCCACACCGGCAAUGCGUCGAAUAAUUAGUCCGCGUGAGUUAUCACGCCAAGAAGUCUGUCCGGACUCGAUUCAGCUGUGUCCCAGCGAUAUGCAUCUUCCUGCGGUUGAAAAAUCCACAACUGUCAUCCCCGGUGCUUUGGACAAAAUACAUGUGACAGACUAUUCUGGGUGCCCGGAACUGAAUGCAUUCUAUUGGAAUACACCUAAUUCAACUUCCAUCAUGCCACAAUGUGGACAAUCCGAAACGAGUGGAUCACAACAAAGCAGCACAGAAUCUUCACAGCUCUCUCGUUCAUUGAAUCAAAGCACGUCCUCUCCCACCGGUCAUAACGGGAAUGGUUCGGUAAACACAGGUCACAGAAUAGCCUCUCCAAUCAGUCCAGUCCGAAGUCCGUGGUUGACGAUGGAUACCGCAGGUGAAUCGAUUGCUUCCAUGUCCCAAACGGGCUAUCUACAUUCAACUCCGAAUCAAACCACAGCAGAAGAAGUACGUUCGUCAUUCGAAUACGCUCCAAUCGAGUCCAGAAAUGAAACACAAGUUGUAGGAUUACACGCACCGCCAGUUCCAUACGACCACUUAAUAACUGGAGAUUCUUUUCAACAGGUGAAUAGCAAUAAUAAUGAAUCAAAAACCACUUUCCUUUCGCAAUCUACACCGACUACAUCAUUCGGUUGUUCUGAACCAGAUGUGCGUAACAACACAACGCCUCAGUUGACCACUGGCACUCAUUCUGAUAGCCCACUUAACAAUGAAGCAUUCACAAUGGCAUUCCAGCAUUCACAAUGUGAUAAUAAUCUUGAAAUGUUACCUCCUUUAUCCUAUCUUCCGUUGCCAGUGGAAAAUCAAGUCAGUGAAAGAGACCUACCACACGCUGCCUACUUCCUUACUCAUUCCACAUGGCUACCAGGUAAUCCAAGUGACAAUUGGCCUAUGCAAGUCCCACCUAAAGCAUCCUUCUUCUCGUCCCCUAUUGAUAACGUAUCACUGGGGAGUGCUGUUUAUGGAAAUGUUCAUUUAAAACCAAAUGUGCCCAAUGAAUUGUCAUCCGUCGCAACAGACCACUAG